CAUACCUUUCCAAGCAAACCUUCAAUUCUCUUUUCAUAAAGUAUAUAAAGUAGUAUAAGAUAAGAUACAAGAAAAAACAUACACGAAUUAUCCUUUAUAUUCACGACUCUUCUCCCAAAUUUCCUUCCUUCUUUAUCACCCAAAGCCCACCAAACCAAACCCCUUCAAAUUUUCAGUGCCAAAAAAAACAGAAAAAAAAACGUUUUCUUCAUCUUCCCAAAUUUAUCAUCAAUUUGACAAAUUCUUUCUAUUUGAUCAUCAAAUUUUCUUAUUGAUUUCGUCUUCAUCAGUAAAAAUCUUUCCUUUUUUAGUUCAUGUAAAUAUUUAAUUCAAAUUUAAUCGCGUUUUUAAGAAAAUAUAAUUAUAUAAUUAGAAAGUUAAAAAAAAGUUGGUUAAAAAAGUAGUUGAAAGUAUGACAUCAACGUCAGAAGUGAAGGAAUCAUCGCCGGAAAAAAUGGCGGUCGCCGGAGUUGCGAUGAGUUUUCCGAUAAACGAUUGUUCGAAUUUGUCGACUUCUUCACCGUCAAAACUUCCUCGGAGACUUCGUCGGCGACUUUCGGAGGCACGAACUCCUUCUACUGCUGAAGAAAUUGAAGCGAAACUUAAAGAAGCAAAUCAUCGUCGUCAGCGAUUUCACGAGUUUUUAUCAAGCAAAGCAAGACCGAAACAGAGAAGUCCACCGUGGUCAUCUUCACAAGAAAUGGAUCUUGGUCAGAGACUUGAAGCUAAGCUUAUUGCAGCUGAGCAGAAAAGGUUGAGCAUUCUUUCAAACGCUCAGAUGCGCUUGGCUAGGCUGGGUGAGUUGCGACAAGCAGCUAAAAGUGAAGUGGAAAUGCGCAUUGAAAAAGAACGCGGUGAAUUGGGUAUGAAGGUGGAAUCACGGGUUCAGCAAGCAGAGACAAACAGAAUGCUUAUUUUGAAAUCUCGUAGGCAACGGAAAGCUGCAAGAAGAGAGCGAACAACUCAGUCAUUAACGAGGAAGAUGAUACAGGAAAACAAAUAUAAGGAAUAUGUGCGUGCUUCCAUCCACCAAAAGCGUGCUGCUGCGGAGAGGAAAAGAUCAGGAUUACUGGAAGCUGAGAGGUCAAAGGCGCAUGCAAGGUUGGUACAAGUGCGGCGAGUGGCUAAUUCUGUUCACACUCAGCGGGAAAUGGAAAAAAUAAAGAAGAGGGAGGAGCUGGAAGGUCGGUUACAAAGGGCUAGAAGACAACGAGCAGAACUUUUGAGGCAGAGAAAGAGUAUAACUGGCUCUCCUCGUGUUAACUGUAAUAUCAUGCAUGACCAGGCUUCAAAUCUUGCAAGAAAAUUAUCAAGAUGCUGGAGACAGUUUGUGAAGCUAAGGGGAACUACAUAUUCUUUAACAAAAGCUUUUGAGGGUUUAAAUAUGAAUGAAAAAUCAGUCAAGUCAAUGCCUUUUGAGCAGCUUGCAGUCCAGAUUGAGUCAGAUGUGACUUUGAAAGUUGUGAAAUCUUUGGUUGACCGUCUAGAAGUCCGUCUUAGAGCUCGGCAAGGAACCAGUGUUUCAUCUGGGGUGGAAAAUAUUGAUCACCUCCUGAAGCGUGUUGCUAAUCCAAAGCGCGGGCGUACUGGAAGCCAUGCUUCCAGAACCAGAGGACAAAAGAGAGCUGUCUCAGGGGGAGAGGUAAUUCAGAGCCGCCUUAAAUUGUCAAGAUAUCCUGUGAGGAUUGUACUUUGUGCCUAUAUGAUAUUGGGGCACCCAGAUGCUGUCCUCAGUGGCAAAGGGGGGCAUGAGACAGCCCUUGCUGAGGCUGCUGUGAAAUUUAUUCAGGAGUUUGAGUUAUUGGUCAAGACAAUUUUAGAAGGUUGCUGUAUGAAAUCAGCAUCAGGGGAUGAUCGUGCAACUUUUAGGUCGCAGUUGGAAACAUUUGAUAAAGCAUGGUGCUCUUAUCUAUAUUGCUUUGUGAUAUGGAAGUUCAAGGACGCUAAACUACUAGAAGAAGAUUUGGUGAGGGCUGCUUGCCAGCUGGAGCUGUCUAUGAUGCAUACAUGUAAGCUUACGCCAGAAGGAGGCAACAAUUAUCUUACCCAUGACAUGAAGGCUAUUCAAAAGCAGGUGAUGGAAGAUCAGACACUUCUUAAGGCGAAAGUGCAGGAUCUGAGUGGUGUUGCUGGCAUCAAACGCAUGGAGAAUGCUAUUUCUGACGUGCGAUCCAAAUAUUUUGCAUCCAAGGACUCGAGGAGUCCAUUUGCAUCGCCUGUUGCUCACAUUUUAUCUCCUGAUUAUUCUAGUUCAUCAAACAGCUCGCCUUCUACUGCUGCUGGUGAAGCAAGCAGCAUGGCUAGUGGUAGUGAAAGACUGAGCAGUGUAGCACGGUCAUUGUUCAAGGAAAAUGAUACAACUGCAAGCCAAUCAGUACUUUCACCACCUGAGGCGCGUGGUGCAGAUGACCAUAUAAGCAGGGACAUAAUCCCAAUCACCGAAAAUGAACUCUUAGUUAAUGAGAUAGUCCAUGAACAUCGUCAUGGAUUAGCCGAUAAACUUUACAUGGAUGGUGAAGAUGACACCGGUGCUAAGGCGGAAAUUAAAAAGACAAUGGAGAAAGCAUUUUGGGAUGGUAUCAUGGCUUCUAUGAAGUUGGAGCAGCCUGACUUCAGCUGGGUUCUUAAGCUUAUGACAGAAGUCAGAGAUGAACUGUGCGAGAUGUCUCCUGAGAGCUGGCGACAAGAGAUAACUGGGAUGAUCGAUAUAGAUAUUCUCUCACAGGUUCUUGAAGGUGGAAUGUUGGACAUAAAUUACCUUGGAAAGUUGCUGGAGUAUGCACUUGUAACUCUGCAAAAGCUGUCAGCUCCAGCAAAUGAUGCUGAGAUGAAGGCUUCUCACCUGAAUCUAUUGAAAGAGGUUUCACAAUCUGGAGAUAAUACAAAUUCUUCUUUUGCCACGGCGGUAAUCAAGGGUCUUCGUUUUGUCCUAAAUGAGAUUCAGAAAACAAAGAGAGAGAUAAGCAAAGCACGUAUCAGAAUGAUUGAGCCAAUGAUCAAGGGGCCUGCUGGAUUGGACUAUUUACAAAAGGCUUUUACGAAUCGAUAUGGAUCUCCUUCUGAUGCCACUACUUCUCUAACAUUGACAAAGAGUUGGCUGACUUUGGCAAGUGCUGAUGUGGAGCGGGAGUGGAAUGAAUACCUGGAUUCAUUGUCAACAUUGCCAGAUACCCAGGCGACGUCUCCUCAGAGGAUACCACCAACCACUCUUCGCACAGGAGGAAGUGUUUCAGUGACUUUGAGGACACGCUCUUUGGGAGCCACCACCGCUGUUUCAGGUAAUGAGCAACCAGAGUGCAGAGGAGAAAGGACAGAUUUGUUUCUUAGGAUAGGUUUAUUGAAGUUGGUGAGUGAGAUCGACGGGCUGGUACAAGAGGCUCUUCCAGAAACUCUGAACCUUAAUGUAUCUAGAUUGAGAGCAGCUCAAUCUCAAUUGCAGAAGGUCAUUGUUAUUUCCACAAGUAUGCUUGUUCUCCGACAAGCCCUUCUUAGUGAACACUUGGUAACAAACCCGUCAGACAUGGAAAAUGUUAUUUCUCUAUCUGCCAAACAGCUUGUAAAGUUGCUCAACGAGGUUGAAGACGUCGGUAUUACCGAGAUUGUGGAAGCAAUUAUUGGGCUCUCGGAUGAUGUUAACCAUAUUGUCGACCCAGAAAAGCUGCGAGCGAGAAUGGGGGUUGUGGCGAACAUGCUCUCAAAGAGCUUAAAAUCUGGGGACCCAAUAUUCACACACGUCUCCCGAGCUGUUUAUAUGGCUGUAAGAGCCGCUGUGUUUGGUGGGACCGGAAGCAGGAGCAGGCAACUGGUGGAGAUGGCACUCCGGCGUGUGGGGGCAGCCCUUCUUGCUGAUAAGAUAGUAGAAGUUGCAGAAGUUGUUAUUGUUCUGGCGACUGUGUCUGCAAGUGUACAUGGACCGUGGUAUGAGCAGCUAUUGAAGAAUAUGUAGUAUGCUUGUAUGCUAAUCUUAGAGGGAUUGGCUUUUAACAUAUCCCAAAAAUUGAUUCAGUGUAUAUAUUGUAAAUAUAAUUAUGUGUAGUUAAGGCAUUAGCAACUAGCAAGGCGUGAAUGGUUUAGUCACAUAUAAUCAACGGUGUAAUACUCUGUUGUGUUGUAAACAUCAUGUCAUUUGUGAUUCUAAUAAAAAGUUGUUCCUUCUAUUUUAUAUA